GUCGCUCUAUGAAUAGAAAAACGUGGUUCGCGCCGCGAUGAGCUGAAAUAAUCACAUUUAUCGAAAACAGUGGAUGGUGGAAGGCUGUUAGAUUUGUUGUGGGGCGGCCUCGAGGUUUCACAAAAAGCGUGUAGCUGAGCUUACAGUACGCUAUUCGCCGGCUCAUGAAUAUGAAUUAAGUGGAAGAAAACCGUCGUGCCAGUGACUUGAGGUUCAACAGCCACUUGACCCAGACGAGUGAAAACCGCACCGGGCGAUAGUCUUUUGUUUGAAACAAACAUUGCUUAUUUUCGUUGCGUUUUUGAAUUCUCAUCAUGGCCCUGAGAGGAUCGCUGUCCAGAUUCCUGAGAUCCACGUUUAGUUCUUGUCAACAGAACCGACCUCAUUCGGUCGCGAUUCUGGGAGCUCCUUUUUCCAAAGGACAGAAAAGGAGAGGGGUGGAGCAGGGACCCAAAGCUAUCCGGGAUGCGGGUUUGGUGGAGAGACUUUCAAAUCUUGACUACCCUGUGCAUGACUUUGGAGACCUGAGCUUCCAGCACCUGGAUAAGGAUGAGCACUUUAUGCACGUACCAUUCCCACGCACAGUCGGACGAGCCAGUCAGCUUCUGUCUGGAGCUGUGAGCAGCGCAGUGGGGGCGGGACACACCUGCAUCAUGCUGGGGGGAGACCACAGUUUAGCGAUUGGUUCAGUGGAAGGCCACACCCAGCAGUGCUCUGAACUAUGUCUGAUCUGGGUUGACGCUCACGCAGAUGUCAACACACCUCUGACUUCACCUUCUGGAAAUCUCCACGGGCAGUCUGUGGCAUUCAUGCUUAAGGAGUUGCAGGACAAGAUGCCAGAAGUUCCUGGAUUUUCCUGGAUGAAGCCUUUCCUGGCUGCCAGAGAUCUGGUCUACAUCGGCCUCAGAGAUGUUGAUCCAGGAGAGCAUAUAAUCCUGAAGACUCUUGGAAUUCAAUACUUCUCAAUGCGUGAUAUUGACCGAAUGGGCAUUCAAAGGGUAAUGGAGGUCACACUGGAUCACCUCUUGGCAAGGAAGCAAAGGCCCAUCCACCUGAGUUUUGACAUUGAUGCAUUUGAUCCCUCCCUGGCUCCUGCCACUGGAACUCCUGUUAAUGGAGGUCUGACCUAUAGGGAAGGCAUCUACAUCACAGAGGAGAUCCACAACACAGGCUUACUGUCUGUGAUGGAUGUGGUUGAAGUGAACCCCACACUGGGAGUAACACCCGAAGCUGUGGAGGCCACAGCUAGCCUAGCUGUUGACAUCAUCGCAUCCGCUCUCGGUCAGACUCGUGAGGGUGCACAUGUCGCCUUCCAGAAGAUUCCACAACCAAAAGAGGACACUGAGCUACGGCUGUAAAGCACCAGCCGAGCAUUGUGGGCUUUGACAAAAUACUAUGAACCACUUUUGAGGACUUUGACAAAUGAACCACUUUGCAUUCCACUAAAAGAACAAUGAAAGGUUUGCAGAGACUAAGCACCAGGCUUUAAUUUGAAGGUUGCUGUAGGUGUAACUGUCUUGGUCAAAAAAUGUGUUUCCUCACUGGUAAUGUGUUGCAUUAAGCACGUGGGUAGCAUUUGUAGUAUUCUUCUAAUUAGCCCUUGGAGGGUUAAGCAGAACACGGAGAGAUGAAAGAUAUCUCCAACAUGCAAAAAACUACCACUAAUUUUAGCUUAGCUAAAAAAUAUAGAUUUUUUUUUUUUUUUAAAUGAGAAAGAUCUGCCAAGAUCGGUAUUCUCUGUGUUGUCAUACUCGGAGAGUAAAAAAAAAGUGUCACAGUAUAUUUGAAGACUGUUGUGAUGCUUGACUGUGGGCGGAAUUUAGUGGUGGACUGAAUUGUCCUUAAAUUCAAACAUGUUUGCACUUUUGGACCAGAUCUGGUUUUUUAUUAUAUAUCUGUGUUUGUUUGUUUUUUAUAGUAGAAAUGCUUUUAAUGGCUAAUAUAAUAUUAGAUUGUGUUAAUACCGAGUGAUAUUUUUAAUAGUGCAUUUCAAAUAAGUUAUUUGAAUAUACUCUAUUAAAUCUCGGAACAAUUCAUGUAUGAAUAAUGUAUUUCGUACCCUCAUUCUGAUUUGAUUUCACCACAGUAUUUUUUUUUUAGAGAAGUGUAUUUUGAUUUGUUGCAUUUUCUGAAAAAAUCUUUUGUCGCAAUAAACUAAUGUACA